GAAAAGUAGGUUAAAAAAGGUCAAAUAUCAGUCACGUCAUUGUUGAGUCCCAAUAAACGAUUGUGAUUAUUUCAGUGAUAUACAAUUGUCAAGUGUGAAUAUUUUUACCAUAACAGAUGUUUAUUGUAAGAAAUGUCACAAAUUGAUAUCCAGGAUUUAUUUGAUAAAAGCAGGUUUCCCAGUGGUUGGCCUCUUGUAUUUAUAUUGUUAUAUACUCCUGUGGGUCUCUUACUUGUAUUAUUACGAUUACUAAUUGCUCUACAAUUUUGGCUUCUUGCAACACUGUUACCUGAUUGUAAUAUUCUUCGAACAUUCUUAAAUCAUGGAUUUAGUUUUGCCUUUGGUAUCAUGGUAAAAAUUCCUGAUGGUGAAGUUAAAGACAAGCAAUCAAAGAUUAUAAUUGCUAAUAAUGUGUCUGUCCUGGAUCAUUUUGCAUUGUACAAAGCCACACAAGCAUUAACUCCUACUGUCUGGGAACUACCUACUGCCUUAAAUAAUGCACUGGGUUUACAAAUAAUGGAUAUGAGUAGCAAAGAGGCUCUAAUUGCCAAUAUAAAGCAGUUUCUUUCUACAUCAAAAGGCAACAUUGCAGUUCAACCUGAAUUUGGUACAACUAAUAGUCGUGUUGCCUUAUUAAAAUUCAGCUCAUGGCCAUUUACUAUAGAAGCAUCUAUUCAACCAGUUGCAAUUAAAGCAUCAAGGCCAGAAUUCAUACCUAUUCAUUUAACUUCAUUGGCAUCUAGAUGGUGGACAGAUGUGUUUUGGUUUAUGUUUGUUCCUUAUACAAUCUUCACAUUUAAGUACCUGAAAAUCAAACAAAAUACAGAUGGUAAAGCAUUAGUAAGGGAAGUAGAACAAGACAUAGCAACUAGUCUUGGACUUCAAACAAGUUCUCAUACUGUAUCAGACAAAAUAGAAUUUGAAAAACGCUGCAUAAUGGAAAAAACACAAAGUAGAAGAUUCAACAGUUCUCCAAAUUCACAAGUUAUACAUAACAUUGAGGUACAGAGAAUGGUCCAACAAGUCAGUGAAGUGCUUCCACUAGUCCCACAUAAUGUGAUUCUCAGAGACCUUUUGAAAACACGCAAUGUUGAUAUUACAAUUGCCAAUAUAUUAGAUGGCAUAGUUACUUAUACUCCAGAAUCAUCUCAGACUGUUACACCAUCAGUACCAUUGAAUCAAUUACAAAAAAGUACAGUUAAAACUACCAGUAAUCUAGGAACUUCUUCCUUCCAGGAGAGAAAAGCUAAAAUGAUAAGGGAAGCUUGGGAAAGGUAUGUUCAAAAACAUGGACUUAAAAAUUGUUGACAUUUUCAUUGCAAUUUUAUUCUGGUUA